AUGGAUCAACAAAUCAUUCCCUCAGUCAUAACCGACACAUUAACUUCCUUGGGACUCUCAAUACCUCAACAAGUCCUCGUCGGAAGUCUUGCUUUCCAUCUCAUCAUGUACUUGUUUGUCAUGAAAAUUUUGUGCUUGACACUGAUUAAUCCAUCAUUUUACAAAACUCUCUCCAAAAGAGAUCAAAAUGAAUAUGAAUCUCGUGUAAUCUCAUCUCUUCACUCUUUUGUUGUGGCAUUUGGUGGAAUUGCAAUUUUGUUUAAUGAUCACGUUUUUUUAUAUGAUUGGAAUAUUACACACCGAUCAUUGGCAACUGAAUGCUUAUUUUACUUCUCUACUGGAUACAUGCUUAUUGAUUUGAUGUUUGUCUUGUACUAUUAUCCCCAAAUUGGAGGUAUUGAGAUGGUGAUUCACCAUGUUUUUGUUUCAACAGGUCAAAUUUGUCUUGUUGAAUGCCAAAUUGGAGAAGUGUUAGGCGUUUGGGUGACACAAACCGAACAUACCACCUUUUUCAUUAAUAUGAGAUGGUUUUUGGAUAAGGCCGGAAUGAAGGAUUGUUCAAUUUAUAUUUUCAAUGGUCUCAUGAUGUGGCUGGUGUGGUUCCUUGUUAGAAUUGGUUAUGCUGUUUUCAAUGUUGUGUUCUUUGUGAGAAAGUGGGACGAAUGGAUGAAGUUGAUUGAGGAGAGGGGAACUUAUGGAAUGUUUCAUUUUGUUUUCCUCACUAUUCAAUGUGUGAAUUUGGGUUAUCUGAAUGUCAUGUGGUUUACCAAAUUGACAAGAGGUGUCAUUAAGGCUCUCUUCAGUAAGGACGUGAAAAAGAAGAAUGCAUAA